AAUGAACGCAGAGGGCGCUUUAUAUUUUGUUACUUGGCAACAGAAGCAGCUGACAUCGAGAUUUCGUGGGCUAAUAUUCUCUGAAAAAUCACCAAAAUGCCUCAAAACGACAUAGAGAACAGAAUGAUGGAGCCUCCUCAGGUCUAUGUAGAAAGGACUCUUGCACUUAUAAAACCAGAUGCAAUCGACAGAGCAGUCGAAAUCGAGGAAAUUAUCCUGCAGUCGGGUUUCACUAUUUUGCAGAAACGUAGAGUGCACCUCACACCGGAACAGAUGAGUGAUUUCUAUGCAGAACACUUUGGAAAGAUGUUCUUCCCGAGUCUUGUUGCUUACAUGAGCAGUGGCCCUAUCAUUGCCAUGGUCCUGGCCAGGGAGAAUGCAAUCGGCUACUGGAGAGAACUCUGUGGCCCAACCAAUAGCAUGAAAGCAAGAGAGACACAUCCUGAUAGCAUCCGUGCCAUGUAUGGAAUUGAUGAUCAACAGAAUGCUGUCCAUGGGAGCGAUGGCUAUCAUAAUUCAGAAAGAGAAAUCAGAUUCAUGUUCCCAGAUAGUGUAAUUGAGCCCAUUCCUGCUGGUCAAGUAGCUAAGGACUAUCUUGCUAAGGUGGUGAACCCAACUCUUCUUAAAGGACUCACAGAGCUCUGCAAACAGAAGCCAAAAGACCCAGUAAUCUGGUUAGCUGACUGGCUACUGGUGAACAACCCCAACAAACCAACUAUCAAUGAGGGAUUCUCAGUUGAGGAGCCAUAAAAACUGCAUUCUCAAUAAUGAACUGAAUUUCGAUGAACAAUAUUAUUCUUGAUCUCAUCCAAGAGGAAAGCAUGUGACAGGCACAUUUGAAAAGAGUCUGCCUUUUCAUCUAGAACCUCAGAGGAGGGAUUUACUUUGAAUUUGAUCCGUACAAACAUUGGUUACGUAACAGUGUUUUUACUACAUAGAGGACAUGCAGUUGAUGGGCGUGUCUGAAUCAAGUUUGGCUUUCGUUUAGAAGCCAUGGAUGUAUUUCAGUCUCACUUUUUGUUCUGACUUGCCCUCUCACACAUUCUUUGCUCACAGGAGAAUAUUAUUAAUCAAGUGCUCACAAAUACUAACACUUAUUAAUGCAACCAAAAACCUCACUUGAUUAUCUAUGUGUACUAUCCAGUGUAUGAUUCAGUUAAAUAUGAAGGUGUAAUUUAUAUGGUGUAUAUUUGAUAUGCCUUCUGUAACUUAUCUUUGUAUUUAUUGUAAGCACUUUUCAUUCUUGCUGGAAAGGAAAUUGGAAAUACUUGAAAAUAUCAGAGAAUCUAUGUGGAUGUGAAGUUUAGCAAUUUGCAUUUUCAAAGGAACUCUAUUUGUACAUAAAUUUUUAUGAACUUGACAAAAUCUACAUGUAAAUUAUAACCAUAGUCUCUUUUUUUUAUAUGUCUUUAUUGUGCAUUUCAAAUUUGGUAUUGUCAUUAUUUAUUAUAUUUUUAGUUGAUCUCUAUUACACAAGGAUUAUUUCAUGAUCAUCCACUUAUUAUAAUACCUCAGUCACAUUUCCCUACGGCGGCCGUACGGCAAGUCGAAAACGUCCAUUUUAUUCACUUUUUGUACCAGCUACAUAUAGGUGGCUUGAAUGAAAAUGAAUAAAACUGCUGUUUUUGACUCACCGUAUGACCACCGUAUAUGAAAUGUGACUGAGGUAUUAGUCUUAUUCCACUCUGUUAUUUGUGUCAAUGCCAAUAAGUACAAGAGAGAUUUUUCACCUUAUAUUGGCUUGUUAUACCGAUUGCUCAUGUUGAAGGUUGAAGAGGAGAAAGAAAUGUCCCAUUGAAAAAAAAACCUAUGGACCCUCAAAGAAAAUUUGACAUCCCAGAAGAGGUUGAAAGGCAGUAUUUCAGCCACUCUCAUAAAGUCUUGUUUUCCUGACCGAUUGAUAAGAUUCUCAAUCGUUAUGAUCCUGACAAUUUACAAAUAAAUCUCUCCGAAUUCUUUCUUUAUCUCUUUUAUUUUUUCUGUACAGCUGUGAAUAAUUGUAAAUCUGUUUAUAUUUGAAAGAAGUAAAUGAAAAACAAAACAAAAAAUUCUUUGUUCUGAUUAUGCUUAAUUGUGUACUCUCUGGAAAUUUUAAUAUCAAUAAACAUGUUCUUUGUUGAUUCUUACACAAAAUUUCAAAGCAUAAUGCGCUUUAUACCAAGGAGAAUUUCAUGAAACAAAUACAUGUAGAAUCUUGUCAUUUUUUGUUUGGGUAAAUUGCAAUGUUACACUUACACCAAACAAUGAGUCCACAGAUACUUAACACCUUUUUCAAAAGAAAACCACUUUUAUCCAAACUAGUGAUACAUAUUCAUUAAUGAGCUGUCUGAAAAGGUGAGAAGACAAAAUGAUAGAAUGGUGAGCAUUUGAGAAUGGAAAAAAGUCGGAAAAUGGUAGAAAAUGAGAAAGAUUACGGUAUUAAAGAGUGAGGGAAUGGAAUAGCACAAUGACAAGGAUGAAAAGUGGUGAAGACUGGAUUUGGGAUUGUUGAAAGGAUGAAAACAGAAAAUGUUUAAGAAAUAAGCAACAGGAAAGAUAGUUGAGCAAGUAAAGAUAGUUGAAAUGUAAAUUUUCGGGUAUCAUGAAGACGUUUUACUGAAUUUUCCAGUCCUGUUUCAUCCUUCUAUCCCCUCCCCCCACUUGUGCUUUCUGUUUGUCACUUUCCUCCUCACAAGAUCUUCCUUUUUUCUCAUUAACCAUCUCUUUAUCCCCCCCCCCCCAAUUCUAUUUUAUUUUUCUCUGUCCAAUAUUCCCCUUCUAAUCUUUUUCCCUACCCCUCUCUCCAUUUCUCUCUCUCUUUCGCUGUUACUCGCUAUAUCUACACACACUCUGAUAGAAAUGAUAUUUCAAUUGCUCCCUAGAAAUUGUUUCCUUAAUGCCCAUCAAUUUCUUCAUAAUAUAACCAAUGAGAUGAUUCACUAGCAGCUAGAAUUAAUUACAAGCAAGAUAGAAUUGAUAUCACUGGCUCCAUUCAACUUUCAAAUCUAAAUUCAGUUGUCCGUAAAUAGGAAUUAACAAAAUCAAUUGACAGACUUGUGGUGAGGAUGAACAUUGGCAUGAAUGGCUUGACAUAUGUAUGCUCAUUAUGAAAUAUAUGGAAAUGACUGUUUAAAAUGUUCAAUAUAAUUUAACAGAUCAAUUCAGAGGACAAACAUUAGCUUGAAAGCCUGCCAUAGGUACGUUUUAGGAAUUGUAUAUUCUUUAUUUUGCCCUUGUAACCAUAUACUAACAAUAAGAAAGGUAAGCUAAGAAAAAACAACGAAUAGAAUGAAUAUUAAUAGAAUAGAAAUGUUCAUAAUUUAUUUGUAAAAUGAUAGCACAUAGCACUUGUAUGAUAUAUUAUAAAAGUACAGUAGGCACUCAAGAUUGCAUAUAAAAAGAUUGUGCAUUUCAUUGAUCAAAUCAAUGUCACAUGAUACAUGUAUAGUCAUAAUUACAAAUGAUUUAGAAACAGUUAUAUUAUUAUUAGAAAAGCUGGUGAAGUCUAUAUUCUCUUAAAUUUAUUAACAAAAGUCUAAUUUCAAACAUAAUGAUCAUAACAGCUAUAUAUCGGUACUACAGUAAAUAAUCAUGAAUUAAUAAUAUACGUUUGAUAACCAGUGGUAUCAUACAUACAUGUAACUAACAGUGAAGUGUCAUCGCCAGCCAAUUUCUGGUGGUAGUAGGGUGUAACACUCUACUGCGAUAUUAGAGAAUCUGCUGGCAUUGAACAUGAAAAUGUGUUUGAAAUCUCAGGGGAAAUAUGGACCGGUCAAAUGGGCUUGAUGUUACAUCUUGUGCCCAUAUCAAUUUUUGACUGGUGGUAGGCUUUUUAUCAGCACUGAUCGCUGUACUGAAAACAGUGUUACUAUCCCAUCAGAUGACACCAAUGCUAGAAGGAAACUGAUUCUUUUUUUUCUUAAAUAUAUGAUAGCUUGAUCCAUGCUCUGAACAAUUAGAUUCAUGAUCAAAGAACAUUUGUAAAUCUAUGAAAGAGUAUGAUUUGAAGUAUCACUUAAAACACCACAGCAAACUUUACGAUUUGAAACUGCAUUAUAGUAUCUAUUUUUCAUGGGUAACAAACACUAAACAUACAAUAAAUUUACUAAUUCUUGAAAUCAUAGAAAAUUUACAUCAUUGUAAGGUUCAAAAGUUUCUCAUGCUAGCUUCUAUGACAGAUAAUUUUAAUAAUACGCUACUCGUUAUCAUGAACAAAUUUAAUGCACAUCUUAUUUUGUAAGAAAUUUAUGACCCUUUGUCACAACAUUCAUAAAAUUUAGUUUGAGGACCAAUUUUGACCUUCCAUAUCUGUAUACGUAUCACAAAUCAACAGUGUUAUAGCUACAGUGUACAACAGAAGAUUUCUGACCACCACUCAUGAAAAACACUGCUUCCAUCCACCACUAAUUUCAAAUGAAAAGUGUGUCAAAACUAACUCCUUGCAAAGAGCCAUUGAACUUGCGUUCAUUUCCAUCUUUAAUCAUGUGUCAUUUGCAUAAUAUUAGAU